AUUAGACAAGCUCAGAGCUUACCUGUUGGUCAGGUCUUCUUGUUCGUUUGUCCAGUUGCAUCCAGUAUUCCUAUGAGAACCAGAUACCUUGUUUGAAUCCUUGUUCUGCCCAGCGUGAAGCCAGAUCUAGAACUCUGCUUUUGCGCAGGAGGAGGCUCUAACUGUAAAUAUUUGAAGAUUCUCUUUUCACAGCAGUUCUGCUUUGCAUAAUGAAUUAAACAUUUAUUUGGCCAAGCAGAGAAAAAAUCUUGAAAACUACCAGGUCCUUGGGGGAAAAAACUACAUGACACUGCAUCAUGAGUGAGAAUAAAUGUGAUAGUCAGUUUUACAGUGUUCAAGUCGCAGACUCAACAUUCACUGUACUAAAACGUUACCAGCAAUUGAAGCCCAUAGGAUCUGGGGCUCAGGGCAUUGUUUGUGCUGCAUUUGAUACAGUUCUUGGGAUAAAUGUUGCUGUUAAGAAGCUGAGUCGUCCUUUUCAGAAUCAAACACAUGCAAAAAGAGCUUACAGAGAGCUUGUUCUUUUAAAAUGUGUCAAUCACAAAAACAUAAUUAGUUUAUUAAAUGUAUUUACACCACAGAAGUCACUAGAAGAAUUUCAAGAUGUGUAUUUGGUUAUGGAGCUGAUGGAUGCUAACUUGUGUCAAGUUAUUCAUAUGGAAUUGGACCAUGAAAGAAUGUCCUACCUUCUGUACCAGAUGCUGUGUGGUAUCAAGCACCUCCAUUCAGCUGGUAUCAUCCACAGAGAUUUGAAACCCAGCAAUAUAGUAGUCAAAUCUGACUGUACGCUGAAAAUCCUUGAUUUUGGAUUGGCAAGAACAGCAUGUACUAAUUUUAUGAUGACACCGUAUGUAGUAACACGGUAUUACAGAGCGCCGGAGGUUAUCCUUGGCAUGGGAUAUAAAGAGAAUGUUGAUAUCUGGUCAGUUGGGUGCAUCAUGGGAGAAUUGGUGAAAGGUUGUGUGAUAUUCCAAGGCACUGAUCAUAUUGAUCAGUGGAAUAAAGUUAUUGAACAGCUAGGAACACCGUCAGCAGAAUUCAUGAAGAAACUACAGCCUACUGUAAGGAAUUAUGUAGAAAACAGGCCGAAAUAUCCAGGUAUCAAAUUUGAAGAGCUCUUCCCAGAUUGGAUAUUUCCAUCAGAAUCUGACCGUGACAAGUUAAAAACAAGUCAAGCUAGAGAUUUAUUAUCCAAAAUGCUGGUGGUAGACCCCGACAAACGAAUUUCUGUAGAUGAAGCCUUGCGUCAUCCAUAUAUCACAGUUUGGUAUGACCCAGCUGAAGCAGAAGCACCUCCUCCUCAGAUCUAUGAUGCACAAUUAGAAGAAAGAGAACAUGCCAUUGAAGAAUGGAAAGAAUUAAUAUACAAAGAAGUAAUGGAUUGGGAAGAAAGAAGCAAGAAUGGUGUGGUAAAAGAUCAGCCCUCAGAUGCAGCAGUGAAUAGCAACACCAGUCCUUCCCAGUCAUCAUCUAUCAAUGACAUUUCAUCCAUGUCAACAGAGCAAACGUUGGCUUCAGAUACAGACAGCAGCCUCGAUGCCUUGACAGGACCCAUUGAAGGAUGUCGAUGAUCAGCCAGGAUUGCAGACUUAUGAUUGGAAAAGAACUCUUGCUUCCAUUGGGCCUGAAUUGCUUGUAAGUUAAUGGAACCAAGUAGAGAAACUCCAUGUUCUGCAUGUUCCACUAAAGUCAUGCCUGUGUUUUUACUCAGCUGUUAUAAGGCUGCCUGCUUAAUGUUGUAGAAUGAAAAGAAAUUGAUGUCUAAAGAAGAAAAAAAUUACAAGUUAAACACUACAGUAGGCUUUUUUGUUUCAGCCUAUUUCAGGUGAGCAGUUACAGUAGAUUCAUACCAGAUAAACUCCUCCUAAAUGAGUUCAUGAAUCUUCUGUCCCAUUCAGUAGACUUCUGUAACACAUAAAUUGUUCAUUAGUAGGUCUUUUGAAUGCGUAUGCUCUGUAUAAUUUGCUUAAAUGUGUGACUACAGAAAUUUGUUCUAUUUAACUACCAGUAUGUUAUAUGUAUGAGGGUUAUCUUACCUAUUGAACAUUUGAAGUACUGUAUUCAAAGGCAAAUUUUCUUCCAUUGUAGCACUUUUAUUUUUACUAUUGAGCCCUUUCCCUCCUUUCUGUCCUCAUCUCCCAAUACUUCUAUGCAUCUUCUUCUAGAAGAGACAAAAUAGUGAACUUUAUAGAAACCCCCCCCAUCAUUUUUGUAUUUUACAUGUGAAUAUGACUCUGAUUUUUUUGAAUGUCUUUCAAUUAUUUAAAUUUUAGUUAGAAAUAAUAUGAGUUAACUUGAUCUUGAGGAGGGAGUUGUUUUUUUUCUUGAAUGACUACUCCCUGGUAUUCCUGUGAAGCAAUGUCUCUUUUUAAAGGAAAAGGUACUAAUUUUUUUUUGUUUUGUUUUCUGGUUAAUACAUUAUUUUGGUUCUUUCUUUUAAUUGGUAAAAACUUUUGGAAAUGAUAUAUUUGUUACUUUUCCUUUUAAAGAAUAGAGGGACACUGUGAUACUUUUCACUUAAUUCCUCCCUUUGUCUCAGAACGAACUCUGAUAAAAGGACAGAGACAGUGGAGAAAUUUGAAGUUUGUGACCUCAAGAAUUACAUGAAUUUUUUCCCACUUUUUAUGGGACCAUUCUAUAGUGUAUAUAUUUUUAAAAUAUGGUAGUCCUUUUGACUGAUUUGAUGGGGUUUGUUAUGUUUAUUUCCAUAAGCUUAAUCUCUAUUUCAAAAUUAAACAUAAUUCUGGAUCUUCAGUUAAAAUGAAAUAUUUAUGCUGAAGCUUUUUUUUUUGACAUGGCAUCAUGGGAAAGGGAGGAGUUUUAAUACAGGCGUAUCCAGGCCAUUUUCAGAUUAAGAUAACACACACAUUGCCUUCUGCGUUGCACUAUCUUGACUUAUUAGAAAAUAUAUGCAGUAGAGUAGUGGCUUAAGUUAUAAAAUAUUAUACAAUUGUGCAUUUGCAAACACAGAAAUGCAUAUUUGCUUUAGAGUGCACAAGUGUAAAAAAUGCUUAGCUAACAGUUCUUUUUGUGUGCAUGUAUGUGAAGUUAAACUUUCUAAUAGUAAGAAAAAUGUCCAAUAUGAGGCAAAGCAUAUCAUUUUCAUAAAUAUAGAUACUGAAGAUUUGAUUAUAUAAAAAGAA